CAGUAUUGUAUUCUGUUCUGCAUUGUAUUCAAUGAUUGACAAACUUGUAUGCUGUUUUACCUAAAUUGUGUUUUACAAUUUUUAAUUUUUUAAUGAUUUAGGUUUGAAAUCUAAAAUCACAUACUAAACAAGUCUUUGGCUGCUUGCAUGAAAAUUGUAUUCAAUUUUUAGUUUUACAAAUAACUUAGUGGGGUAGUUAUGAUAACUUCUGUUUGCUUGCCUCUUCAACGUCUUCUGCAGGAUGUACUGUCUUCGAAACUCGGUGGUAAUUGAGAAGACUGCAUUGUCAUUUUAAGGUCUUAGGCAAGUUAAAAUGAGUGACAAAUCCAACAGGAAAGUGCGAAGAAGCUCUUCCUCUUCUUCAUACUCAUCAACCAGCAGUGAAGGAGGCAAAGAUGUCAAAAUUAAAAGCCAUGAGAAGUACAAAGGAGAAGGCAGUUCUAAACUACCGAACCCACCAACUGUUGUAAAUAAAAUAGCAUUAGAUAUAGGUUAUAAAAUUCAACAGGAAGAGUUGUCCGACAGUGAUGAGUCUUUGGGACAUCCAGCGUUACCCAGAGCGUCUGGUAAAGGAAGCGACUUCAUCAGGUAUUCCGAUGACCAAAAGAGAGAUCACUCCAGAAGUUCUGAAAGGAAGCGAUACCGUUCAAGAAGCAAUGAGCGAAGGACAAAUAGAUCUCCAAGUAAGACCUCUGUAAAAGAUCGCUCUCAAAGUAAGGACAGAAAAUACGAUUUACAAACAAGUUCAAAGUAUGAUAUAAAAAGUUUGGAUAAAAGAGAUCGUUCCAAGAGCAAAGAGAAAAGACGCGAGAGAUCUCAUAGUAGGGAUAGAAGAAAAAGGGGCAUGAAAGAUAGAAGAUCAAGAUCACUGAGUAGAGAAAGAACUAAAGCAAGGUCACGUAGCAGAGAAAAGAGACGAGGUCGGUCUAAAAGCGUAGAAAGGAAAGAUAAACGGCGAGAAAGAUCCAGAAGUAGAGAUAAAUACAAGGAUAAAUCUAGACGGGAUUCCCGAAGUCCAAAUUAUUACAAAGAUAGAAAUCACUCUAAAAAGAGGUCAAAAGAUAGAUCCCGAGAUAGAAGCAGUAAAAGAAGUCGCUCUCGGAGUCGUCCCAGAAAAAGAUCUAAGAGUCGUUCUAAAAGUUUUGACAGGUCAAAACGACUGCAUGACAAGAAGAUGCAAAAGUUGAACAUCCUGGAGAAGCUAGGUAUAGAACUGAAGAUGCCAGAUGGUCAAGGUCUUGGCGAAGGUAACGCUGGGUUUUCCAUCCCGAGUUAUUAUAACCCAGCCGGAGUCAACCCUCUCAAGUACGCUCAGCAGAUGCAAAAGCGCAAACUGAUAUGGGGAAGCAAAAAACAAGAGGGCGAAAGUUCGGCUGCCGAAAAGAAAGAAGAGGAGAAAGCCCCCGAAGCUGGCCCUGAGAGUGUUUGGAAAGGAACUACUUUUUCUCAGGAUCAAGAUGGAAAACUAACUGCCAAGUUUAAACGGUUAAUGGGAAUCAAGGACGGGGAAGAAGGAUCUUCCUCUAGUAAAAACAGUGAAUUGUUACAGAAACAAGAAGAAAUGUUUAACUCUAUGGAGAAACAAUAUGAGGUAGCCAGAGUGUCUACACACACUCAUCGGGGGCUUGGUCUUGGGUUUGGAGUUCAUCUUCCUCGUUGAUAGUUUGCUUGAACUGUACCAUAUGUACUUAUAUAAGAAUGUUGCACCGUAUGUAUUGAGAUUUGUGUUGUUUCCCUCUGUGACUUCAAUAUUUCUGUACUUUCUGUGGGUAAUUUUACUUUGUAGAAUUAAAUAAAAUUUGUUUACUACAAUUUUUUCAAAAAAUUGAUAAAAUCUAAUGGAAGAGAAAAGUUUUAACUAUCCAUUUCCAAAUUUAUAAAGAUUUGCUUUUUGAUGUGUCUUAUCAUGACAGUAUAAUAUGUUAAUUUGUCUAUCAAUCAACAUUAUUAAAAAUGCAAGUUUUUGUUGAGAAAUGAAUUAAUAUAGUAAAUUACAAUAAAUACUUUGUUUUAUAUAGAAAGCUGAUUUAUAUAAUGCUUGCCAUUGUGAAUUGACCAAUUAUUAUCUUUGAAUUAUUUAUCUGGUAAUUCAAACUGUGUUCUAGGAAAGUGUCAAAACUGGAACUCAAUGUCAAAAUCACAAAAAGCCAACUUAUUUUCAUUCUUUUUAUUAACAUAAAUUAUGUGCAUGUUUAUUUUUUUUAACUGCAGGUUAACAGGUUUUAUGUCAUUGCUUGUCUAUUUACACUAGUGAUGUCUUAUAAUCAAUGAGAUAUCAUUUACUUUAUUUCUCGUUCCCUCUUCCAAAUAAUUGUUUAAUAAGCUGUCAAUAUAGACUUUCACAGAACAAAUAAAGUUUGCUUAAAUAUUUUAUUACUAUUAAAUCAUAUAUAUAAAUGUCAUUCGUAUGAUUAAUUUUAAAGAAAUUUGAAACGUUUUUCUACAAUUUUGUGAGGUGUUAAAAUAAUGGAAUCACCUGAGUAACCCUGUAACUGCAAUGUUUAAUAUUUCAUAUUCAUACAAAAAAUAAGGUAGGCUAUCACGGUUUGAGUUUAGAGAUAAUUUUUCAUUAAAUUUGGCUAUCAGUAGGCCUACUGUGUUUAAGUAAAUUGUGCAUUUGCUAUCUGUUUCAUUGAAUUACCAUCACAUUUAAUUGUUUCUACAAUUUCAAAGUUUUAAGGUUUUAUUGAAAAAGUAAUUUCUCAUUCUACCUUAAAGAGUAACAUGAAAAGGUUGAUUAUUCAUUUAUAUUUUUUGUAUUUGUAAUACUUACAAUUGUAUUGACACAAACUGUUUUGUUGUUAGUUUGCAGAUAUAUUUUAAUAAACUUUGGAAACUGC